AUGGAUAGUUAUAAUUCAUCAGGUGGUGGUGUGCCGGUGCAUGUGUUGUUCUUCAUGGUGAUACUGCUGAUGUUUCUAGGGUUAUCCUGGUACGUGAACUACGAGCCGGUGGUGGAGAGUGUGUUGGACCAAAUGAAGACGGUGGUAAUGGUGUCCCCUCUCUUGCUUUUGCUGCUGGUUCACUGUUUCUCUAACCAUCGAAGCAACUACGGCUACCUCCUUCCAUUUCCUGAUCAUAAGGAUUCUCUUCACACUCCUUGGGGCCUCGCUUUCGUCCUCGUCUUCCUCCUCUUCAUGGUUUCGUAUCAGUCUUACUUCCAACAACGAUGGUUUCCUCUUCUCGCCAGAUAA